AUGACGAUGCAGCGAACUGCAGAGGCGGCACACCAAGCAACCCAGCGGCGCAUCUCGCAGAUGCUCCAGCAGGCAUAUGCGGACUUGAAACCGGGAACCAUGUUCAAGAGCAAGGAUGCAACAAUCCCACGAGCAGACCCAAGGACAGCAGCGCUGACGUGGUGGGCACAACUCCGACAGCAGGGACUUGACGUGCGCAUUGUCGCGUAUCCCAUGGGUCUGCACGAGCUGUGCACCAUACUUGCGCAUCACGAUGGUGUGGUAGACAUCAAGUGUCUCCCACAAGCAGACGUCGUCCUUGCUCGGUGA